AUGUCAACAAGACUAGCUUACUCCAUUUCUACUUUUUUCUUCUUCCUCUUAACCACCUCAAAAUCCCUAGCAACACAGGGAAACCCUAAUUCACUAGUUCUUGGUCUGAGCCGGACUACGGCUUCCCUUCCCACUCCAAAAUCCUCCAUAAGAAGACCAUCAGAGGAUUCAGACAUAAUGGAGCCAUUGAGGGAAGUUAGAGACGGGUAUUUGAUAUCCUUAACUCUAGGUACACCCCCACAAGUUAUCCAGGUUUAUAUGGAUACUGGGAGUGACCUUAAUUGGGUCCCUUGUGGGAAUUUAUCUUUUGAUUGCAUGGAUUGUGAUGACUAUAGGAACAACAAAUUAAUGGCUGCAUAUUCUCCUUCUCACUCAACUUCAUCAUUUAGAGAUGUGUGUUCAAGCUCAUUUUGCAUUGACAUCCAUAGCUCUGACAACUCUUUUGAUCCAUGCACUGUGUCUGGAUGCUCACUAAGUAUUCUACUCAAAGGCACUUGCACCAGACCUUGUCCUUCUUUUGCUUAUACUUAUGGUGCUGGAGGGAUUGUAAUUGGGACACUCACUAGGGACACUCUUAGGGUUCAUGGAACUAACCCUAGUGUCACUAGAGAUAUCCCAAAAUUCUCUUUUGGAUGUGUUGGGUCUACCUAUAGAGAGCCUAUUGGGAUUGCUGGGUUUGGGAAGGGUCCACUUUCUUUGCCUUCUCAAUUAGGGUUACUUCGAAAGGGCUUUUCACACUGUUUCUUGCCCUUCAAGUUUGCUAAUAACCCUAAUAUUUCAAGCCCAUUACUGAUUGGUGAUGUUGCUAUAUCUUCUAGAGACAAUAUGCAAUUCACUCCAAUGUUGAAGAAUCCUAUGUACCCAAACUACUAUUACAUUGGUCUAGAGGCUAUAACUGUAGGUACCAAUAAUAUUAGUGCAACCCAAGUGCCCUUAACAUUAAGAGAGUUUGAUUCACAAGGAAAUGGAGGUAUGUUGAUUGAUUCAGGCACAACUUAUACUCACCUACCUGAGCCAUUCUACACACAAUUCCUCUCAAAACUUGAUUCAUUGAUAACUUAUCCAAGAGCCAGUGAAGUAGAAGCCAGAAGUGGGUUUGAUUUGUGCUACAAAGUCCCAUGUCCAAACAAUACUUUCAUGGAUGAUGAUCAUAAUCAGUUUCCUUCAGUCACUUUCCAUUUCUUGAAUAAUGUGAGUGUUGUUUUGCCACAAGGGAAUGACUUCUAUGCCAUGAGCGCACCAACUAACUCAACUGCUGUCAAGUGUCUGUUGUUCCAGAGCAUGGAUGAUGGUAAUUAUGGACCAGCUGGUGUGUUUGGGAGCUUCCAACAACAAAAUAUGGAGGUUGUGUAUGAUUUAGAGAAUGAGAGGAUUGGGUUUCAGACCAAGGAUUGUGCUUCAGCUGCAGAUUCUCAAGGACUACACAAAUAUUAA